AGUAGUGACUCUCAGUAAGGGGGGGAGGGCAUAUCCCGUAAAUUUCAUCUUCGUGCAGGGUUAUUUACCUUCCCCCAUCGUCCUCUCCUGAGCUGUCUCUACUUUCGGUUUGGAAACAGAUCGGAACGACCAAUCGCAGUCAAUAUAGGGUUUCUUUCCUUUCAUUAACAUCACAGUCCGCACUCGUCACUGUGCAAGGCGAUGAUUUCACAAUUUACUUAAUUUUGGUGCAAGGAGAAAAGCUAGGGUUUCAGGUGUCUUAUCUUCUCGAUCUGCCGCUGUAAUGCUGCAGGAUGACUGAGACGAAUGAACAGUUAUCAUUAUACGACCAUGAGAACCACAUGCAGUCCAUGAACCCUGCGAGCCAGAUCGAGGAAGAAGACGAAGGGGCAGCUGGAGAGUCCAUCGACAAUCCUCACGUACGAUACGAAGCUCACACGCUUGAAAACGGUGGCGUUGGGCGCAGCGUUGAGGUCAUGGAUGGCGUUGAAGAGGUCCCGCCCGAUUCUAACUUUCUCGGUGGCGCCAAUUUCGUGUUACCUUCACGUGGAGAGGGUAUGGAUCAGCUGACUCUCUCCUUCCAAGGCGAAGUCUAUGUGUUCGAUGCCGUAUCCCCGGAGAAGGUACAGGCGGUUCUGCUAUUGCUGGGAGGGUAUGAAAUGCCUUCUGGCGUGUCUGGCGUUGCAUCCCCCCCGAAUCAGAGGAGUUUAGUUGAGUACCCUCGACGCUCGAGUCUUCCUCAGAGAGAGGCUUCUCUUCAUAGGUUCCGUGAAAAAAGAAAAGAGCGCAACUUUGACAAGAAAAUUCGAUAUACCGUUCGAAAAGAAGUUGCUCUCAGGAUGCAACGUAAAAAGGGUCAAUUCACAUCGUCAAAGGCGACUUUAGAUGAAACAGCAUCAGGUUCUUCAAAUUGGAAUGGUUCAGGACAAGAUGAUUCACAGCAAGAAACUUUAUGCACACACUGUGGCAUUAGUUCAAAGUCCACUCCAAUGAUGCGUCGUGGGCCAGCUGGACCUAGGACUCUGUGCAAUGCAUGUGGGCUUAUGUGGGCAAACAAGGGGACUCUAAGAGAUCUUUCUAGGACGCCAGUACUUGUGCAAGCAUCAUCUGUGGGAACUCAGAAUACUUUGGCAAACCGGGUUGAGCAGGGUGAAGUUAAUGGGUCUGAUUUGGGAACCAGGAUUGAGGGACCACCUGCAGAUGUUGCUGCUAAUUCCAAUGGAGGUAACUCUGUUGUAACAGCUGAACAGUGAGUUAUUUUUAGUCUUGCUCCCCCUCAAAGAAGUCCUACCUAGGUUUGUACUGACUCCAAAAAGCGACGGGGAGUUUUUAAAUUAGUUUCCAUUGGUUGCUGUUACAAAUUUGUACAGGACAUGCACUGCCAUUAUCAAUACACAUUGUUUCACCUCUUUCGACGAUUUAUUACUGUUAUAAUUUUGAGGCCUAAUUCAGUUUUUCACUAGCUUA